AGGGGAGAGGAGAGGGGAGGGGGCCGGGGGAAGCCCGAGGGAGGAGGAGAGGGGGAGGAACUUCCCAAAGUUACAAAACAUGGCUACCUUGCCUGCGGAGCCGAGCGCGGGGCCGGCGGCCGGAGGGGAGGCUGCGGCCGCGGCAGCCGAGGAGGAGGAGGAGGAAGCGCGCCAGCUCCUGCAGACUUUGCAGGCGGCCGAGGGUGAGGCGGCGGCGGCGGCCGGGGCCAGGGCGGGCGAAGCGGCGGCGGGAGCGGAGGGCCCGGGGUCCCCGGGCGUCCCCGGUUCGCCCUCCGAGGCUGCUGCCGAGCCGCCCACGGGCCUCCGCUUCUCGCCCGAGCAGGUGGCGUGCGUGUGUGAGGCGCUGCUCCAGGCGGGCCAUGCCGGCCGCUUGAGCCGCUUCCUGGGCGCGCUGCCCCCGGCCGAGCGCCUACGUGGCAGCGAUCCGGUGCUGCGCGCGCGGGCCUUGGUGGCCUUCCAGCGGGGCGAGUACGCCGAGCUCUACCGGCUCCUCGAGAGCCGCCCCUUCCCUGCUGCCCACCACGCCUUCCUGCAGGACCUUUACCUCCGCGCACGCUACCACGAGGCCGAGCGGGCCCGCGGCCGCGCACUGGGCGCCGUGGACAAGUACCGGCUGCGCAAGAAGUUCCCGCUGCCCAAGACCAUCUGGGACGGCGAGGAGACCGUGUACUGCUUCAAGGAGCGCUCCCGCGCCGCGCUCAAGGCCUGCUAUCGCGGCAACCGCUACCCUACGCCCGACGAGAAGCGCCGCCUGGCCACCCUCACUGGCCUCUCGCUCACGCAGGUCAGCAACUGGUUCAAGAACCGGCGACAGCGCGACCGGACCGGGGGCGGCGGCGGCGCGCCCUGCAAGAGUGAGUCUGAUGGGAACCCUACCACGGAGGACGAGUCCAGCCGGAGUCCCGAGGACCUGGAGAGGGGGGUGGCCUCAGUGGCUGCUGAGGCCUCAGCCCAGGGCUCCAUCUUCUUGGCUGGGGCCACCCCUCCAGCGCCCUGCCCUGCCUCCUCUUCCAUCCUGGUGAACGGGAGCUUUCUGGCUGCUGGCAACUCUCCAGCAGUGCUCCUCAACGGGAGCCCUGUCAUCAUCAAUAGUCUGGCCCUGGGCGAAGCCUCCAGCCUGGGCCCCCUGCUACUCACAGGGGGUGGGGGCGCCCCUCCACCGCAGCCCAGUACCCAGGGGGCCAGUGAGGCCAAGGCCUCCCUGGUCCUGGACCCCCAGACAGGGGAGGUUCAUCUGGAAGAGACGCAGCCUGAAGCAUCCGAGAUCAAGGGAGCCCAAGUGGCUGCAUCAGGUCUGGCCGGAGAGGAGGUUUCAGGGCCCCUGCCCCAGGUGGUGCCUGGCCCCCCCACAGCUGCCACCUUUCCCCUGCCACCAGGACCACUGCCGACAGUGGCUGCUCCACAGGUGGUGCCACUCUCCCCACCACCUGGGUACCCUGCAGGCCUGGGCCCCACCUCCCCGCUGUUGAACCUGCCCCAGGUAGUACCCACCUCACAGGUGGUGACCCUGCCCCAGGCUGUGGGGCCACUGCAGCUGUUAGCAGCUGGGCCAGGCAGCCCUGUGAAGGUGGCAGCCGCAGCAGGCCCUGCCAACGUGCACCUGAUAAAUUCCGGGGUGGGUGUGACCACUCUGCAGCUCCCUUCAGCCACAGCCCCAGGAAACUUCCUCCUGGCGAAUCCUGUGUCUGGCAGCCCCAUCGUGACAGGUGUGGCUGUGCAGCAGGGCAAGAUCAUCCUCACUGCCACCUUCCCCACCAGCAUGCUGGUCUCCCAGGUGCUGCCACCCACCCCCAGCCUGGCCCUGCCCCUGAAGCCAGAGACGGCCCUCUCAGUGCCCGAAGGAGCCCUCCCGGUGGCGCCCAGCCCCGCUCUCCCGGAGGCCCACACGCUAGGCACUCUUUCUGUGCAGCAGCCGCUGCCACCGCCACCACCCCCAGCUGCCGCCACCACCACCACCACUGCUGUUGCCACCACUACAGGCCUUCCCUUCUCCCCAGACUCCUCCAGCCUCCUGCCCAGCUUCCCAGCACCCCCGCCGCCAGAGGGGCUGAUGCUGUCUCCCGCUGCAGUACCCGUGUGGCCAGCGGGGCUGGAACUGAGCACAGGAACCGAGGGGCUGCUGGAAGUGGAGAAGGGGCUGGCGACGCAGGCCCCCCACACUGUGCUGAGGCUGCCAGACCCUGACUCCGAGGGGCUGCUCCUGGGGUCCACAGCAGGGGGUGAGGUGGAUGAGGGGCUGGAAGCCGAGGCCAAGGUCCUGACCCAGCUGCAGUCAGUGCCCGUGGAAGAGCCCUUGGAACUGUGACCCAGUCCGCCCUUACUCCCUCCUGACAAUGGUGCUCAAAAGACCUGGGGGCAGGCCUGGGAGCCGGCAACCUCCCAGAAACAAUUGCUGCAACUGAAGAUGCCCCGCACUACACCUCUCUGGGCAGGCUCAGCCCUACCAGGGACUCAGCCCUGUCCCCUCUCUGGAUGGAGAGACCUUCUGUUACAGCCCUCUCCUUGCUCUGCCCCCCACACAUAUGGGGGUGGGGGUUCUUGACUCAGGGGCUCUGCCCCCCACGACCUGGUACUAGCUGUGAGCUGAAGACUCUGCCAAAUGGCUGGACUUCCAACCCCCUUGAGCCGUCUCCCUGUCACUCCCUAACACACUGUUAAUAGCUCCACUGUUGUCCGUUGUCCUCAGAACUGUGUGGAACUCAUGAAACUCAGAGGGGAGGACAGGCAGACCCUCCCCAGCUCAGCACUUCUUGCUGAAAAGGGACGCAGGUCUGGGUGGGCUCCAGAGCAGGGGUGCCUGUCUUCCCCUCACCCUCACGUCCAGCCCCAGACCAAAGAUGCCCUCAUCUGCCCCCAGGGGCAACUUCUAGCCCCUGCCCCCCCACAUCAUUUGUACCCUAAAUCUUUAUUUUUCUAGGACGUGUUAUGUCUCUGUUUCAAUAAAAAAGUAACAGACAAUUAGAACCAUAGGGGUGUGGGUUAACUUCCAAAUAACUUGCCCAAAGGAGACCUGAACAACAGAAAGCCUGGUUUGAGGUUCAGGCUCUCUGAUCUCCACUUCCUGAGUGGGAACGUUUGCGGUGAGGCUUGGGAAAGUGUGGGCUGGGAGGUUUCUUUCAACCUCAGCCCAAGGCGGGGGGCCCACAGAUCUAGGGGGAAGGAUGCCCCAGUGCCACGGGACGGGCUGAGAUGGGAGAGCCUGGAGUCCUCUCUGCUGCUGGUAACAAGGGUUCUACUUGCUUUAUUUCAUUUAGAACAAUAAAUAAUCUAUAAAUAGAACAGUGGCAGUGGGGAAGGUGAACAGGGUGGAAACCAUUUGAUUCUGGGGUGGGGGGGAGAAGGGCAGAGGUGACCCCUCCACAUCUCCUCACCUCCCUGCAUUUCAUUUGGGCUCCCUUCCCCACCCUGAGGGUCCUCUGACAAGCCAGAGGGGAGGAGAGAGACUGCCCAAGGCAGCCUUACACCGUGAACACCUAAAACGGGGUCAAUAAAUAAGCCCAAGUUAACAGGGCUGGGGCCGGGGGACCUCCCCCUCUCCGCUCCCGGCUUCAGACGGCUUCAGACACUACCGUGGAGCUGCCAGGAGGUGAGAGCGGAGGGGGGCCGCCGGCCCUCACUGGCCAGGAGGGGGCUGAGGGGCCCG